CUUUAAGAGCCACGCCGCCCGGUGCUAACUCCUUGUGUUUUAUCGUUUCAGGUCUUCCUCCAACCGACACUCAGAUGAAUCACACCAAGCUAAUGAAGACUAGGAAAGACAAGGGUGCGGCCGCCGACGCCGCUCUGACUAAGGCCAAGGCCAUCCAGGCCGCUGACUCAAAUUCCUCCGCCUCUCAGGCCGAUCGACGUACGGUCGAAGCGGAGCAGCACCUUAUCGCCACGGUGAUGGCUCAGGGCGUCCAGGUGCCCCUUGCUGACUCUGGCGUCCCCAACGUGGUGGCGCCCCUGCAGACGGUCCUUCCUCCGGGUGGAGAAAAAGUGAAGGAGAAGAAGACGAAGAGGGCCCGCGAGGCUGGCUCUUCGGCCCCCGUAGAGCAGGAGGCAACCUUUUUCCUCUUGGGACGUCCAGCCCAUGACGUCUGGCAAGAAAAUGCUUCUCUGGCCGGGGUAGAUAUGCCGGCCCAGACGUCCUCGGAGGCUACUAACGCUGCUUUAGCCGCCGCUCUUCAGGUUGGGCUCUCCGUGCUGCAGGGUGAGGCUGUGAGGGAUGCUGACGCCCUCCAGGCUAAAAACAAAGCGGACGCCGCCUUGAAGAAGGCUCGGGAGGCCGCCCGUCUUCUAGAGAAAGAUGUGGCCGCCAAGGGCGAGGAGUUGCAGGCCGCCCGGCAAGAAGCUCGUGAGUCAGCCGAGCGUAUUGCUGCCUUCGAGAAGGCCGGGUUCAAGCUGGUUCCAGUUCUCCCAGCUCUGAAGGACAAGGCCCCUGAGUGGCUCGUUGAUACCUCUGGGUAUGAGAAUACUGGGGCCUUCAUGGUUGCCGCCCAGAGGUAUUGUGGUGGCGCAUUCGGUGAUGUGUUCUCAGCCGAGCUGCAGAAGCAGGCGCCGAAAGAUCGCCUCAAGUUCGGGGUCCGGGUCUUGGAGAGUGCCCCCCUAUCUGACAAGUUCCUAUAUGACGUUGGGGAUAGUUCCUUCGUCAUUGGCUAUAACGAGGGGGUAAAGGCCACGCUUCCUGUCUUCACUGCUCUGCAUGGUCCUGGCUUCAACUUGGACCAGCAUACUACAGAUCCCGAGCUGAUCCGAGCUCUGGGCAAGCUGGAGCGGGACGCUCGUCGCGAGGAAGCCAAAGCCAGGGGCGAAGUUCCGGAGCCCCCGACCCCUGAGCCUGAGCCCGAAGAGGAAGAGGAUGCCGUCCCUGGGGGGUCCCGGGCCGUCUCUCCCAAUUU